AUGCAAGUGGCAGGGUCAUUAGUAGCACAGUAUGGCAGGGUUAUGGGAGUAAUGGUAGCAGGGUCCAAGAUAAUGAGGUCUUCAAGUAGUUUGGUAAAGUCAUUCUUCUUUUUCCCACAUUUCUUCUUAGAUAUCAAUUUUCUUCCUAGGACAAAUUUUCUCGUUGUUGCUACCAAAAUGUCUUCCAUUUGGACCUUUCUAGAAAAGAUACUAACUAGAGCCAUUGGUUUUGGUGAUGGCAUAGUCUUUGCCAGGUUUGGCCUUAGCAGAAGUUCAGUUGUGUUGGGCCAAGCUUCUUCAUCAUAUAGUUUAAAAAGAGCAGUUGGGCCUUGGG